UAUACAAACACCAAUUCGCCUUGCAUAUUGCUCAAAUAUCUUCUUGCAUUCUUAGUUUCCAUUAAUUCGUUCCAAUCCAAUCGAUCUUCGUCGUCACUUUUAUCAUCAUGGGGAUCGACGAGUCCACUGAUCGUCUGUCUAAUCUCAAACUCGAGAUCAGAGUCGAUCGACUGUCAAACUUCAACCUCGACCUUUCCCGCGACGGCGCCUUCGUCCGAUACUACGUCGUCGCAGGGAAGGGGCAGAGAAUUCGCGUGGACACUCGAGAGGUUUUCCCAUCUCUCGACCAGGUUUGGGACGAGGUCGCGACCAUGGAGUGCCGGGGCCGCGUGGGGGAAGUGCUGCAGCCGCAUGUGGUGGUGUUCGAGCUGUGGCGGCGGCGGCCGAGGACUACUAGGACUUUGUUUUUCUCCAGGUCGAGACUCCUGGGCAGGGCGGAGGUUGCUUGGAAGGAGGUGCUGGCCGCGCCGGAGAUGACGUUGCGGCGAUGUGUCGGGUUGGGAUCGCUGAGUUCAGAGUGGAGCAGUGGAGUCAAAUCGCCAGGGCUUUUGGUGGAGAUGAAGGUGGAAGUGAACUGUGCGGCGGCGAGCGUUGAGAAGCAGAGGAUUGGCAGGGAGAGAUGUGGUUGCAGGGACUCUGGAGGAUUUGGAAACGAGGAGGAAAUGCUUUUGGCUGCAGCGACACUGAAUGCAUGGUAGCCAGAUGCAUGAAUGUUUUCCAUCUCCAUUUUGUUGUCUUUGAUGAAAAGAAAAACGAUCACGAAGAGCUUUGAUGCUGAAUUAGUCACAAAAAAAAAAAAAAAAAAAAAUCAAAAAUCAAAAAUAUUUUUUUAAUAAUUCAGUGUCCAACAUUUACCCGAUUCAA